CCGAGCAGAGACUCUCUGGAUGUCAGUCACUUUCCCAGCGAACAGACGGUAAUCCCCACCUCAUCCACCCCACCCCUCUCCAAACAGCAGCAACCGGAGGCAGGAGGGGGGCAAAACCACACGGGACACCUGUGCACCACCGGACGCCUCCCCUUCUGAUGCCUUUCACUUUCACUCCCAGCGGAUUUACGCUUUAAGCAGCGGAUUCAUCCCGCAGCAGCAGCAGCAGCAGCAGCAGGUCCGCGGAUGGAGACGCGCUUUGAAGGCGGAGGUCUGCUGGUGUUCAUGUAGCAGCGGCUGCAGGUCGUGCCGCAUUGUCCGGCCGCUCCGAGCGACGCUCGGGGAGACGGGGAUGCUGCCGUCGUCAGUGAGUCACAGAUCGGGAGAGAAAGCGCGGAGCGGCUUUGACAUGGAGGCGAGCGGCUGCCGCUCAGGCCACCCGGAUCAGCAGCAGGUUGGUGCAGCCUGAAGCCCCGGCGGACGUCGCUCCAUCGUCUGCACGCUGGGAAAUUAGAAUAAAGUUCAAAUCUUGCUUUUUUAAAAUAAUGAUUGUGUGCGUAAAAGUGAGUGGCCCAUACGUAGAAAAUGCAUCACAGAAUGAGAGCAGCGGCGGCGUCUGUGCCAGUUCAGGGUGGAUUACGUGUUCAGAGCAGCAGGCCUCCAUCUGAAGUCAGCCACUGAUCACUAAACGCUCUCCGUCCACUUCCUGUUGCUAACCCAUUCCUCUGCUGGUUCGCCGAACCCCCGGAGGGACGGACAGCUGUUGCAAACGAUGACUCACCUGCAGGCUGGUCUGUCUCCGGAGACCCUGGAGAAGGCCAAGGUGGAGCUGAAGGAAAACCCGGAGACUCUCCACCAGGACAUCCAGGAGGUCCGGGACAUGAUCAUCACCCGGCCGGACAUCGGCUUCCUCAGGACAGACGACGCCUUCAUCCUCAGAUUCCUCAGGGCGAGGAAAUUCAACCACUUUGAGGCGUUCCGGCUGCUGGCUCAGUACUUCGAGUACCGGCAGCAGAACCUGGACAUGUUCAAGAACCUGAAGGCCACCGACCCGGGCAUCAAGCAGGCUCUGAAGGACGGCUUCCCAGGAGUCCUGUCCAAUCUGGACAAGUACGGCAGGAAGAUCCUGGUCCUGUUUGCAGCCAACUGGGACCAGAGCAGAUACACGUUUGUGGACAUCCUGCGAGCCAUCCUGCUGUCUCUGGAGUCCAUGAUCGAAGACCCGGAGCUGCAGGUGAACGGCUUCAUCCUCAUCAUCGACUGGAGCAACUUCACCUUCAAGCAGGCCUCCAAGCUGACCCCCAGCAUGCUGCGGCUGGCCAUCGAGGGGCUGCAGGACAGUUUUCCUGCGAGGUUCGGAGGGAUCCACUUUGUGAACCAGCCCUGGUACAUCCACGCCCUCUACACGGUGAUCCGACCCUUCCUCAAAGACAAGACCAGGAAAAGGAUUUUCAUGCACGGUAACAACCUGAACAGCCUCCACCAGCUGAUCCACCCGGAGAUCCUGCCGUCUGAGCUGGGUGGGAUGAUGCCGCCGUACGAUAUGGGGACGUGGGCGCGCACGCUGCUGGACCACGCCUACGACGAGGAGACGGACUACUGCCCCGAGUCCUACACUCUGUCGGUGCAAGACCUGGAGAGAGACCUGGAGAAAAACAUGUCCCCGAAAACCAUGAAGAGGUCUCAGUCAGUGGUGGAGCCAGGAGUCCUGAAGAGACCGGACAAAGUGAAGAGUGAAGAAGACAACCUGCAGCCGCUGCUGUCGUUGGACUAAACGCCCAAAGUUACAGCGGAGAAGCAGGAAUAGAUCAAUAUUUCAAUUCCUAAAAAAGUACCUGUGCACAUACUGGAAGCAACUCUCAUCCUGCAGAAAGACGUUCCUUCAAACUUUAGGGAAAGCAGCAGGGACAGAAACCGACGAGCUUCUGAUGGUCCUCUAUACAGUAUAUUUAUUUAUGUAGUUUCAUGUCAAGUGCCAAUUCCAGAAACUGUAAAUAUGAAGUCUUUAAACAAUCCAGAGCGGCGCAGGGAAGGCUGGUCUUCAGGCCGAGCGGAGCCGCAGAGGGACGUGUGGAGGAAACGGUUCCCACGGUUGCUACAGGAGGACGGAUGUGAGAAAACUGCAAAGCAUAUUUCAAAGAGGGCUUCAGGCCACAGCAGCAGGAUUUUUUUAUAUCUUUGAAGAAAAAAACUCUGUACAUGGACCAGAAGGAGGCCGCAGAAAAACAGACACUGCUUGUUUUCUUGUAAGAUUUUUCCGAUGACAAUAACGUCUAAAAUCUCCGUCUCUCUCCAGUUAUCUUUUGGAAAAGCAAACCUCCCUUUACGGUAAGAGUUGUCUCUGUGAAUCAUCGGCUUUUUCCCCCCUUCAGCCAUUUUCUCUCCAUCUGACCCAGAUGUCACAGAAAACGGCUCCGCUCCACCAUUAGAAGACCCACAGAGCCGCAGGCUCUCUUCCUCCUCAGAAGUCCUACUUUCAGAACCUAAUGGGUUUAGCCACUAAAACCAGGGCUAAAUAUAAUUUUAUAAAAGCAAAGUUCUUUUGCUUUGUGGCACUUUUUGUGUUGCAAGGUGGGAAAAUUUUGGGUGACAACGUUCAUCCAAAGCAUAAAUAAAUCAGUGAGUAGCUGCAGUUUAACUUUCACUUCAGGGUAAAGAUUUUUUCACUAUGUAAGAUUUAUAGAAAUAGAUGUUAUAGAAUGCACAGUUUCUUUUGCUUCUGCAGGAAAUCAUAUGUACAUAAUGCAGCAAAUGUACUGCAGGUUUAUUGGCUCAUGUUAAAAAAAAAACUAUUUAUUGUUUUCGAUUUAAAAUUUGCGACCGAUCCACACAUCAAUUUAGCUUUUCACUUUUAUAGUACAGAUAUAUUUUUUAUUUCUGUGUCUGGUUUGAUUUCAGGCUUUAUAGUUCAAACUUGUCAGUUAGUUUAAACCUCUAUUACAGUAGAGUUAUAAUCAAUUAGAUAUGCAUCUAUUUGGAGGAUAAUCACUUACAUAUUAUGAAUUAGGGUGAUUGCAGAUAGAAAAAAGAAAGAAGUGCAUUUCUGCCAAAAAAACAAAAACAACUUCAAAAUGUUUCUACUUUUGAAACUCAAAAAGUUUCCAAAUUGUUUCUAUUUGCACUGGUCCAAAUAAACCAUCAAUAAAAUUUGAGAUUUUUUCUCAGAAUUCUGACUUUUGAUCUCAAAAUUCUGACAAAUAAAAGUAAAAAAUGAAUUCUGAGAAAAAUAAUCAUUUAUUAUUUUUUUCUUUUUCAGAAAACACACAAUGUCCCAAAAAAUCCAAAUGAACUCUGGAUGUUUAGUUUUUAAUGUUUCUGACCUGCAGACAUUACAAACUGCAAUAAAGUGUCUCUCAUUAGUAAAUGUAGGUUAUAGACACAGAAAAUAAUCAAUGGUUUAUGUCAGAACUUUCUUUUUUUAGCUUUAAACACAAAGAGAGAAAAACUCAAACAUAUUCCAAACAGUUUGGACAUUUAUUUUCUGUAAAAAGGCCUUUAAGUACUUAGAGUUUAGGUUGAAUUUUAUAUUGAGAGUACAGAUGUUAUAAUUAGUGAGAUUUUUUAUUUAAAUUGCAUAGAUAAGAUAGAAGCUUUAACUCAGCAUUUGCUCCACCCUGUUUUUUAUUUUAUUUUUGGAGUUUAUUGAAAUGCAUCCGGCCCUGAUGCUGUUUGAUAAACGGCUGUCGCAGUUUUUCCACAUCAGGCGAAUGAAGUGCAAAGCUUCGACCAGUGAAUGUCAGCAGCGUCUCUCCGGCUGGAGAACGGGCAGCCGGGCGGGUCAGGGGUCAGAGCUGGACCCGCUCGGAGGCGUCCGGCUGAACGCAGAGCGACAGCUGGGAUGUUCAGACGCUGCUCAGCAUCAGCCUGGCCUCCGGACCGCAGACAGGAACCCGCCGCUCUGAGGCUCACACUUUCAUUCACUCAAUUUAUACUCAGCUUGUCCCUCUGAGCAAAAAGCUGCUCAACAUUUGUAAAAAUUUGGCUUUGAUGGUUCCUGCAUAAAAAAAAAAAUAUUGGUGUAUUUUUCACAAUGAAACAUUUGUUCACUUUUUUAAAUAUUUUUUACAUAAAAGCUGCACAAAUUUGAGAUAAUUUCCUUUCUGCUCCAUUUGAGCAAGUGUGAGGGUAAUAUGCAUCAAAUCUUCAUGCAAAGAUUUACAGAAGGUCUAAAAGUUUCAAAUCCUUUUAACGCUCAAUUUACUUCAAAUGUAAAAAAAAAGAUUUGUAAUUUCUUCCCCUAAAUUUGAAGUGCUUAAUUCCAUGUUAGGCAGGAUAGUCCUGCUUUCACCAGAGAUUUGCAGAAAAUGAAAACAUUUUCAGGUCGUUAAGCAGCCAUUUUAAAAAUUAGUCCUGCUAAAUUUGUCUGCCUGGAUGUGAAAUAUAAUAAUAGAAACUGAGCUAACAACAAGAAUCAGGCUAAGUUUGAUCAUAAAUACCGAUCAUUUCAAUAUAUUUUGACCUGGACUCAAACUAAUUGGUACAUCCACUUUUUAAGAGAUGUGGCUAAUAUUUUGAAAUUGACAUUUUUUGGGCCGUGAGGAGUUUAAUGUGACUUAAUCGAAGUUUAUGUUUGGGGUAUAAAGUUUCUAUAAACAAAGUAAAUGUCCUCUAUAAACUGGGUAAAAUUAAACAGUUUUAAACGAAUGUAAGGAAGAAACACUUUGAGCUAUAAACUUAAGCAGUUAACACUUAUUUCACUAGUUGUUCUAGUAAAAUUUCUGUAAAAAUAGACAAAAUAUUUUCUGAUGUUGUUAAAUGAUGCAGCCAAAUAUAUUCUGGUUUAAAAAGAGGAACACUGUUGCUGUUUUUUGUUCAUAUUAAUCUAGCUUAAGUUUUAGAUUUUAUUUGUGAGUUUUUGUUUGCAAAAAAAAAAAAAAAGCAAAAUAAUGAACCAGAUCCACUAAAGGGCAAAAUUUGAAUCUGAGAAAAUGCAACAAUCCUUCACAGAAGCUACCGGGUGCUUAGACUUUACUUUCUGUGCAUAAACAAACACCUUGGAUGUAUUUUUUUAAGGUUAUCAAACAGCAUGGUGGGGGUCAGAGGUCAGGAGGUGUAAAGACAAACAGGGACACACACUCUCUCACACACACUCUCACACAGCCACUGUAGAUGCUUCCAGUUGUUGGGAUGAAACGUUUACAUGAACUAGACAUGUACACUGCUUGAAUAUCGCUCCACUCCAUGAACUCAGAGCCUCCUGCUGCUCCACCGAAGGUUUCGAAGAUUAAAGUGAUAGAAGUGAAUUUCACUGGUUGUUUUGUGUGACAGUAUUUAACAGAUGGUUAUACAAAAGAUCUUUAAUUUUACAACAAAAUGUUCUUUUCUGGUAAUUCCUCACUGAACAUUUAGUAUUUUUGAUGUUUAUUUUGUCAGUAUUUUUAUGGAAAUACUAAUGUUACUAAUGUUUAUUAUAAAAAUGUCAGAUGUGUGCUUUUUAAACCGUGAGCAAUCAGAAAUAAGUUUCAUAUUUAAGAAAUUCAGCAUUUUGAAUGUUUUUCUACAUGAUGUUUUGUCUUUCUUCCCAAAGUUUUCAUUAGAAUAAAAAAUAAAAAACAACCUAAAAACCACCUAAGGUGCCACCCUGGAGGUUCACAGAUCUUCAUACACAUUUACCAAAACAUUUUAACCAAAAUUUUAGAUCUUUACGAAACAGUAUGAUAUAAAAAGUGACAGCAGUCUUUAAAAAGCUACACUUUGUAAUUUAUUUUAUAAAAAAAUGUGCAGUUCAGUUUAUUUUCUCAUGAUAAAAUUUAGUCACACCUCAAAAAGAUUUGUAUAAAUAACUAAACCUAAAGAUGGGGAGUUUUUCCCAUCGUAUUGAAAUUAGUGUAAUUCAUAAAACUGCAAUGGAAACUUUUUUUGACCAUCAACCAGCUGUUACUAUCUGUGGAAAAGACGAAGAAGACGACAGGAAAUAGUUGGAGGAUGAUGGAGUGAUGUAAUCUUUACUGACUUAUUGUGUAAACAAACAUAUUCAUGCAAUUGCAAAAUUAUUGAUAUUCCACAAAAACACAAAGUUUUGAGUACAUCUGUCAUGAAAAUGCAGCUGCUGUUUAUAAAACCCAGGAACCUCCAUGAUGGUAACUGAUGUGAUUUCCAGCUGAUUUGGUUAUGAAAUGGUGCAUCUUUUAUUUUUUUUACUCAUGCUAAGCAGGAAACAAGACACAGCGCUGAAGUUUCACUUGUUUCAAGUAUUUCUUGGUUUCACCUUGGUUUGUUUUCAGUAAAUCCUCCCAGCUUUCAUGAACUUGAGUUGAAUAACUUUUCACUGAUCUAAUCAUCUUUCCCCCCUGAGUUAAAAUUCUCUGCAUACAGCCUGACUUCAUUAAUCCAUUUUUAUUUCCUCUGCUCUCCAUCACGCUCUUGUCAUACAGUAUUUUGUAAUAAUCGAUAGCUGUGAGCGGUUUAAUUCUCACUGACUUUGAAUUGUGUUACGUCUCUGCCAAAGCCACUUGUUCCACUGAGAAUCUAAUGUAUUGUUUCUGAUCAUUAAGUAUUUGUGCACUGAUGACAUUGAAUGAUCUUUUCUUACGGAUCUGUAAUUUCUUGAGGAGAAAAGAAAUGAAUGCAUAAUUUUGAGUUUACUCACUUCUUCCUUUCUCACAGUUUUUUGAUUGUAUAGUUACAUUAGGAAGAUCACACUGAAGCAGAAAUGUGAAGUUAUUAUGGAAAGCCAGUAUAUUAUAGGAGCAAAAACUGUCCAGUUAGCAGGUGUUCUGUGUGUAAAUGUCCUCAAACACAAUUUGCUGAAAUGUAAAAUGAUCAAAAUAAAUAUGGACAUGCA